UCAGCUGAUAAAAAUUGAGGUUAAGUUGAUUUACUUCAAACAAUUUUCAUAACAAAUUUCGCUAAUCUUGAAUAGACGAACCUAAAAAAAUGUUAACAAAUAGAUUUUUAAGAAAUUUUAAACAUUUAAGAAUAUGUAAUUCAAUAUUAAAAACAUCUAGUGAACUUCCUGCGAUUCUUAAGUACGAAAACACAAAGAAUCAGACUCAUAUUGUUGUUUAUCCAGCAGUCAAAUUAAUCAACACCAGUACAGUGUUUAGUAAAAAAGUUAAAAAGCAAUCAUCAAAAUAUGAGGAUUCAGAUAGUGAUGAUGAUGACGAUGACCCUCACCUUCAAGACGAACGAGAUUCCAAGGUUGUUAAAGUCAAGGUUAAUUCAUUGCGAGCCGAUUUGCUAUUAAAAGCUGGACUACAAAUAGCUAGAAACAAAAUUGAAGUUAUUUUCUAUGAAAGUAAAAUACGUGUCAACGGACAAAAAAUACCAAAGAAAAGUGUUCAGCUCAACGUUGGUGAUGAAAUCGAUGUUAUAAAAGGCUUUAGCACCGUAAACCCAUCCCAUUUGGUAAUAUCUCGAGUUAUUAUAGCAUCGGCAAAAGAAAAAGAGGAAACCAUAAGUGUACAUUUGCGGAGAUACAAAACGAUGCUCAUUGAAAACUAUACCGGAACAAAUGCAUAUAAAUCCUCAGAAUCCUCAGGGAGUACGUGAGUUUGCUUGCCAAGAACAAUAACAUUUCAUUCAAAAUAAUAAUAGCAAAUAAAAAUUCUUAAAACAAUCAAA